UAUUGUCUUUGUGCGCAACACCAUCAGUAAUACGAGCAAAAAAAUAUUUUAUGUGAAAACAUCUCAAGUGAAAAAUAUGAAAUUUUUACUAAAAUGCAAUGAAAUAUAAAAUGAAUUACUAAAGAAAAACGAAUGAAUAUAAAUAAGUUAUUGAUGAAAAAAGAAUAAUCAAAUGAAAGUGCUGUGAAAACGAAUUAAGUGGAAGUGCAGAAGUACAAGAAAAGAAUUGUAGAUGAUUGAAAAAGGUUGAAGAAAAAAGUGCACAAUAAAUUAAGAAAUUCGAAAAUAAAUAAAAAUAAGUGAAAUGACAAAAAAGGCAGUUAAAUAAAAAUAAAUAAAUUAAGUACAUAUAUGUGAGAGGAAAAGCUCUUUACGUAUUUCAUAUUUAAAUAAAAAAGGUUUCAAGUGGCGAAAAAUGGGUGUUGCUACAACUACUACAACAACGACAACAACAGCAGUAAUAGAAACAAUUUUACAACAAACAGUAGUAGUGAGUGGCAGCGGCAGUAGUCAUCAAAUCUAAAAAAUACAUAAAUCUUGUUGUCUUCUCUAUUACUUUUAUUGCCUUUAAAUUGCGUUCUUUAAAUUACCAGAAAGGAUCUAGUAAAUAUAAAAAAGUAAUCAUAUACAUCACAAUAGGUUAAAAAAUAAAAUAAAAAAUACUCAAGAAAACAAUGCUAAAAAUUAAAUAACAAAUUUUAGACAUUAAACAAAUAAUUACUUUUUGAUAAAAUUUAUCAUUGUGCUGCCGGAGAAAUAAAAAUAUUUUUUUUUAUUAAUUUAACAAAACAAAUACAGCAAAAACUUAAAGCUAAAGAAUAAAGUGAACAAAUCAAGAAAUAAAAACUGAAUCAUUUUCUUGCAGUUACAGUAAGAAUAAACAAUUGAAUAAUUCUCAAGAAGUUUUAUUUUUAAUGUUGUUGUUGCCUUUUUGCAUUUUGGAAAAAAGUAAUCCUACGGAAUAAAAAAUAUGUACAAAGAAGAAGAGGAAGAAACUAAAGACAACAAUAACAAGUCUUCAUACCGAUAAACAAACAAAUACAACAAUUUUUUUAAGUCUGACACAUUGUGUCGUUGACGUCGUCGCCUUCGUGGUUAUUGUUGUUAGUGUUUUCGUACAUCGCUAAAAAGAAAACAUUAAAAUAUAUUUUUAUUUUUAGUGUGUGUUUUUUGUUGUUGUUGUAAAUCACAAGUUGUGUAAUUGCAAGAACCUCAUAAUACCACUCACUCAUACGACAUAUUGUUGUAAUGUGUUUUUCUUUAUUUUUGUUCUUGCAUUGCAAACCUUUUUCGUCAUAAAUAGUGCGUGAGUGCGUUGCAAACAAAUCAAAGCCCUUGUGCUACACAGCUGUUUUUUGUGUGUCAUCUAUUCAACUUAUUUUAACGUCGUCACACUCGAUAUAAUCGGACAAUUUCGGAAAAGUUUUAAACUAUUUCUUUUAUUGUUUCGGACUCCCUACUGUGGCACUCUUUGCAGUGCCUUGAGUUCGCUAGUUAAAAAUGCCGCCCGCACUGAUUGGUAUUGCUGAGUUUGUCGAAGAAACUCGAGAUGAUUACAAUUCGCCAACGACGUCAACAUUUGCAUCCCGUAUGCCUGAUUGUCGUCAAACCAUUGCAAUAUUGGAAGAGCGUUUGGAAUUCGACCGUGAAGGACUAACAAAACUGAAAAAGGCAGUCAAGGCCAUACACAAUUCAGGAAAUACACAUGUGGACAACGAAAUGUUUUUGGUUAGAGCCAUGGAACGUUUGGGUGGCAAAGUUAUAGACCAGGAUGAACCAGAUAUUGGUGCUGCAUUCCUUAAAUUUUCUGUGGUAACAAAAGAGUUGAGCGCAUUAAUGAAAACUUUGAUGCAAAAUAUCAACAACAUUGUUAUGUUUCCGGUAGAUACGACGCUCAAGAGUGAGUUGAGGGGGGUUAAGGGCGAAAUGAAAAGACCUUUUGAUAAGGCAGCCAAAGAUUAUGAAGCUAAAUUUAUAAAAAUUGAGAAGGAGAAAAAGGCUCAAGCCAAAGAAGCCGGCAUGGUACGUACGGAAAUUGAUGCUGCCGUUGUGGCUGAAGAAAUGGAAAAGGAAAGACGUCUCUAUCAAUUACAAACGUGCGAGUAUUUGCUGAAAUAUAAGGAAAUCAAAACAAAAACUGGCAUCGAGCUGCUGCAGCAUUUCAUCGAAUAUUAUCAUGCUUUGAAUAAUUAUUUUAAAGAUGGCCUACAGACAAUUGAACACUUUGGAACGUACAUUAGUGAUUUAAGUGAUAAGUUACACAAAAUCAAACAACGACAAGAUGAAGAUCGUCGUAGUUUAUUGGAAUUGCGAACGCUGUUGCGAAGUACACCGGAUUUUGAGCGUGUGGAAAAUGUGCCCACAGAUAAAGGUGGAGGAGGUACAGGUUAUUCGCUGCAUCAACUGCAAGGUGAUAAACAUCAUGGGGUAACACGUUCGGGACAUUUGCUAAAGAAAAGUGAGGGCAAAGUGCGACGAGUAUGGCAGAAGCGUCGAUGUCGUGUAACCAGUGAUGGUUUUCUAGAUAUUUGCCAUGCGGAUGAAACAAAACCACCAACAAGAGUGAAUCUUUUAACGUGUCAGAUUAAACCAGUGCCAGAUGAUAAGCGAGGCUUUGAUUUAAUCAGUUAUAAUCGUCCAUAUCAUUUUCAAGCCGAAGAUGAAGCUGAUCAAAAAGCCUGGAUGGCUGUUUUGGUUAAUUGUAAAGAAAAAGCUUUAGCAAAAGCAUUCCAACAUGCAAAUCCCCAAAUGAGUCCUAGUUUAGUUGAGCUACAAAAGACUGUUAUAAGAUACGUCCAAAUGUUGCCGGGCAACGAUCAAUGUUGCGAUUGUGGCUCUCGCAACGAUGUCACCUGGAUAAGUCUGAAUUUUGGUAUACUUGUGUGCAUACAAUGUUCAGGCGUUCAUCGAGAUCUCGGCGUACAUCACUCCCGUAUACAAAGUUUAACUUUGGAUAAUUUAACAACAGCCAAUCUGUUGAUAGCUCGUGCCAUGGGUAAUCAUACCUUAAAUGAGAUUAUGGAAGCCACAUUGGGCAAAGGAAAACUAACACCUGAUAGUACAAUGGAACAACGUUAUGAUUUCAUACGAGCCAAAUAUGUGGCGAAACGUUAUGUGAUGCGCACUUGUGCUGAUGAAAAUGAUUUACGCUGUGACCUGGAACAGGCUGUGGUUAAUGCCGACAUGAGUCAACUGUUGCAAGUCUGGGCUGAGGGUGCUGAUCUCACAUGUUGUUUACCCUCAUGGGAUGAUGGUGAAACACCCAUACAUUUAGCUGUGCUUAGAGAACAGGGCUCCACACUUCAUAUUGUUGAUUUUCUCAUACAAAAUAUGCCACCAAAAGGUCUUAACAAAGCCACCAAUCCACCCAGUAUAUUAAAUGUUACCGGAAAAAAUACCGCCUUGCAUUUGUGUGCUCUGCACGACAAACGUGAAUGUAUCAAAUUGUUAUUGCGCUCCGGAGCCGAUUACGAAUUGCGUAAUUCACAAAAUAAAACAUCUCUGGAUAUAGCCAAAGAAAUGGGCCAUACCGUGUGUAAAGAAUUGAUUGAAUGUGCCAUGAGAAGGGAGAAAAGUGCUUUUGAUCACAUCAACACUGAUUGGAACCUGCCAAAUGAAGAUGGUUCUACAGAUUUUUCAGAUGACGAUACUGUGAUUGAUGAACGUAAACGCUCCCGUCCACCGAGUUUCGCUGGUGGUGAUUCACCUGUUUUACGUUCACGUUCCUCAACUUGUGAUUCUAUACAGAGUAGUUCUAGUCCAAUAGCCAACUGCCCCAGCCGCCAGUUUACAUUGCCCAUGUAUCAACAGUCAGCUGGCACAUCGCCAAAACAACAAAUGUCACUUGGCCAGUAUUUGGGCAGUGCUGGCAACAUCAACACAGCCAGUACGAAUAGUGCAGCUGGCGGCGGCGGCGGCGGCGGCGGUGGUGGUUCCAGUCCAAGUUCGGCAUCCAGCCAAAGCGGUCGAAUGGGGCCAAGAAGUAACAGUGAGUUUGUAGGUGGCGCCCGAAAAUCCACAUCUACAGCUAAUAUGAAUUCUUUGAAAAAACGUACAGCUCCAGCACCUCCACCGGGCACGACAACAACGUCAUCGACAUUUUAUGGUACUUUGCCACAUGCCCCCAGACAUUCACAAAAUUUCGAUACAAACGAUAUACGAACGCACAAUCAUAAAAACCAAUCUAUGGAUGCCAACUAUGGCACCUUGCCACAUUUACGUUCUGUCGAUAGUAGUCCUCGCAUUAUGGGUCACAAUAGUUCAGCAUCACAUGGCGGUGGUUUCUAUGAACGUUUCGAUAAACUCGUUUCACAGGAUCCGAAUGGUGGACCACCCCCAACGAGCCAUCACAUAUUGCCAGCCAUGACAACUUUCGGCCAUAAACGCUCGCCCAGUGGCGAGUCGCUAAAUCGAAAUUUACACUUGGCUGGGGCAAAAUUAGUAUUACCACCUGCAGGUGAAAUACCAACAUUGAAACAUGUUGACAAAUCUGCUUUAACACGUCCAAAAAUACCACCUCCAGGACCGCCAUCGUCAGAACGUGAAAUAGCGAAUGGCCAAUCAAAUGAAAGUAUUAGUUCUAUGGAUGAAGGUCCUAUUGCGCCACCCCGUAAGCGCAAACAUAACAGGUUAUUGAAAUUAUCACAACCCAGUGAAGAAACGUUAAUGAAUCAGUCAACAAAUUAUGCUGAUUAUGAAGCGUGGCACACAGAUAUGGAUUCAUCAGGUGGCGGCCUUGAUCAUUCAGCCGAUUCAAAUUUAUCAUCUAGUGAUAAUGAUCGCAUCAACUCAUCGCCAGAUAAUUUAUUAAAGGGCACAAGUACGAGUGGUACUAAAUUUAAUUAUACUGGCCAUCGUCGUUGUCGUGCUUUAUACGAUUGUUCGGCGGACAAUGAUGAUGAAUUGGAAUUUAAAGAGGGUGAAAUAUUAAUUGUACUAAAUGAGCGUACCGAUGAUGAGAAUUGGAUGGAGGGUGUAAUUGAAGGUGAUCCCACACGUCGUGGCAUGUUCCCCGUUAGUUUCGUCCAUAUGUUACCCGAUUAAUAGUAAAGGUAAAAACCGUAAGCAACACAAACACACUAAAUUAAACUUUAUUAAGCUUAAGGAGGAUGGCAAAAUGAUUAUGUGUAUGUAUUUAAAGACAAAACAUAGACAGUAUACAAUUUCAAAUAAGAAUGAUUUAGGUAUUUUAAUAUACAACACACGACAAGUUAUGUUCCACUCCAAAAUUUAAUUAAAAGUAAAUAAUGUACGUACAUAAUAUAUUAGGAAUUUACCAUAUAAGCAUGUUUUUUUUUUAAAUCAAAUAAACCACAGUUCGAGGUAACUUUUAAUAUUACACAUCAUGUUAUUGUUAGCAAAGCAAAGAAAACAUUAUAAAUAUGUAGUCCAUUUUAAUGUGAAAAAUUGUAUUGGUAAAUGCAAUGGAUCCUUGCUUUUUAAUAGUUUUCGUUUUUUAAAGUUGUAUGUUGUAUAUAAAAAAGAAGAAAAUAUUUGCAUACCUCAACUGUCCUACUCUCUUCUGUAUAGUAUUCAUUUAUUAUUUUUAUUAUUAUUGAUUUUUUUUCACAACAUAACAUCUUGUAUUAAUUGAAUGUUAAAUAAUUGUAAAAUGUAUUUUAACUUUAUUCUUUAUUUUUUUCUUUCUUUUUUAAGUUUAACUUAAAUAAACCAAACGUUUGUAAUAAAAUUAUUUGAUUGGCAACAAUUGAAUGUUAAGAAUACUUUUUGGAUUUUCCAAACGGUUGUAAAAUAUAACAAAA